AUGGAGCAUGGGGCAGCUGCUUGCUUGGGAAGAUAUCUCGGUCGUCAACUUAAGGAAAAUCCUUCAUAUUAUUUCGCUACUCAAUUGGACUGUGAAGAGUUGAUUACUAAUAUCUUUUGGGCCGAUGCAAGAAUGAUCAUUGACUAUAGCCACUUCGGUGAUGUAAUAAUGUUUGAUACAACGUAUAGUACAAAUAGAGAUGCAAGGCCACUUGGAGUAUUUUUGGGUCUCAAUCACCAUAGACAAACUGUUGUAUUUGGAGGUGCACUUUUAUAUGAUGAAACGAUUGAAUCUUUUGUAAGGUUAUUUGAGACCUUCUUAGAAGCAAUGUCUGAAAAGAAGCCAAUCACUAUUUUCACAGAUCAAGAUGUAGCAAUGUUAGCUGCAAUAAAAGUAGUCAUGCCUAAGACAUAUCAUGCAUUGUGUAGUUGGCAUAUGUGGCAGAAUGCUGAGAAACACUUGGGUCAUUUACUCAAAAAUGAGCCUCAAUUUAAUGCUGAUUUCUUAGCAUGUAUCUAUGAGUAUGAUGGUGAAGAUGAGUUUCUUACAGCUUGGAAUGAAAUGCUAGAUAAGUACGAUGUUUGUGAAAAUAAAUGGCUAAUUGUUGUCAAUCAAAAGCGGGAUAAGGAGUUAGAAGCAGAAUACAACUCUAGACAGAAAUUUCCAAGAUUGAAGCUCAAAAGCUCUCCUAUGCUUAACCAAGUAGCAACAGUGUACACGCCUAAGUUGUUUGAUUUAUUUCAGUCAAAAGUUGAAGAGGUAAUGACACUUUCCAUCCUAGAACGCAAUGUGAGUCAAACACAUAGUUAUGUGGUUGGAGUAUUCAAUCAAAAUGGAAAAUAUGAGGUCAUGUGGAAUCCAUUAAAUGAGAUUCUAUCUUGUAGUUGCAGAAAGUUUGAGUCAUUUGGUAUUUUAUGUAAGCAUGGUUUGAAAGUUCUUGAUGUAUUGGAUAUCAAGUUGAUUCGUAAUAGAUAUAUCAUGAAGAGGUGGAGAAGAGAUGCAAAAGAUGGAAGCGGAAAAAAUUGCACAACACAUAACAUUAAUCCGGAUACUCGAUUGGAAUAUGUAGAUCGGAAUUACAAAGCUAAUGUAGAAGAAGACAUCAUUAGGCCUUUCACCGAUUUUGCAGACAAAGAAGAUCAAUUAUGUGCUUCAAUUAUGAUUGUACCAAAAGGGAUAAAGAAAAGGGAGAUUUAUCGUAAUAAAAAGCGUAGGACGAAAUCAUUGAUAGAAAAGAUGCCGAAACCAAAGGAAGGCACAUCAAAGAAGCAAACAAAGAAAAGAAAAGUGCAGGAGGAAAUAUAUGCACAUGAUGUCAUGACACAAAAGAAAACUGAGGAUAUCUCUUCUAGAAAUAUUACUAGUUUUACACAACUUUUAAUGUCGGCUUCUACAAGUUCUGCAUCACAUCAGGGAGGCUCAUAA